UUCUGUACGGAGAUGAUAAUAACAUGAUGCAAACUUGAACAAAAAGCCGGUUAAAUUUCUUCUUCUGCUGGGAAAGAAGUUUUCUAAAGUUUUAUCGGAACAGAAGCCAUCGUAUUAAAAUAUGAGCGUAGCUGCGCUUCGUCGUGCUGUUUGGAGCGGAGUUAACGUCAGUCGGGGUGGCUACGGGCCUUCCUUUGUCCUUCAACCGCACGCCGCCACCACCACCACCGGCAAGCACACUUGGGCCGCCCAACAAGCCACCACUUCAAUCUCGUCAAGUCAGUCAUCUCUUCAACUCUUUCGGAACAACUGCUGCAAUUACUCGACAAAAAAAAGUGAUAAGAAACCUGCCGCCAUGCCAGUCCGAGUAUUUUUCGACAUGACCGCCGAUGGGGCGCCGGUGGGAAGGAUUACGAUGGAGCUCCGUGAUGACAUCACCCCCAAGACGGCGGAGAACUUCCGAGCUCUUUGCACCGGAGAGAAGGGAUUUGGCUACAAGGGGUCUACGUUCCACCGAGUCAUCCCCAACUUUAUGUGUCAAGGUGGUGACUUUACCCACGGAAAUGGGACUGGAGGAAAAUCCAUCUACGGGGAGAAGUUUGCUGAUGAAAACUUCCAACUUGUCCACACUGGACCAGGAAUCAUGUCAAUGGCUAAUGCUGGACCGAACACCAACGGCUCUCAAUUCUUCAUCACCACGGCCAAGACUUCAUGGUUGGACGGGAAACACGUUGUCUUUGGCUCCGUCGUGGAUGGUAUGGAUGUCGUGAAAAAGCUCGAAGGUUACGGCUCCCAGAGCGGAAAGACCAAUAAGAAGAUCGUCAUCGCCGACUCUGGACAACUUUAAGAAGUCUGCACUGUAGUAAAUUCAUCAUUUAUUACACACCUACCAUAUAAUUCCUUCAUCAUUCAUCUUUUGUGUGUUAUUCAUUUUGUUGAGAUCAAAUAAACAGUUCUCGAAUUGAGUUAAACCCAGCCACCGUUAUUGCUAAAA